UAAUAAAUGAUUCAUGAUGUGUCACAUUUCAGUCAUAUAAAUUAAUAUUUCUGAUAUUCCUAAGCGUUGUGAUAAAUUAUUAGUUCUUGGAUAGUCAGUGAAUCAUAAAAUAAUUCAAAUAAUCGUAAAAAUACACAUCAAUGUAUAACAUUUCCUGUAGUGUAGUAUUUCAUCGUGUGAUUGGAUAACGAGCCACAGAAGGAAUUGUUUGUGUGUGUGUGUGUGUGUGCGCGCGCGCGUGUGUGUUUUUGUUUAGUCGUGAUUAAUAUUUCGACAAUUAUAAACAAGCCAAGCAACAGGAAGGUACGGCAUCCAAAGAAACUCAUCAUUUCAAGGAAUGUAAUGGAAAUGAGCAGGACAAUCACUCUUUUGUUCUUGGCCUCACAUGUGUCCUCCACAGAGGCCAUGUCUGCGAGUGACCCAUCGUAUUGCUAUAUUUUAGAUGUUUUUCUGCUGCUGUAUUCUAUCAUUUUUACUGCUCUCUACUUCAGAGAGAAGUUUACAAGGGAAGGGCCUGUUCCUCCGGAUCCUGUGUCCCCAGAACGUAACCCAAAUGAGCCUGUCUAUACAGACUUGGAUCUGCCUCAGACGAGUUCCGAUUAUCAGCAACUGGAUAGACCGAUAAGAAGACGAGAGCCAGAGACACAUUAUCAGGAAUUGAAACCACAUACAAGUGAUGAAUACCAGGAAAUAAGAACUAAAGGAACCAAACCUCGCAAAGGCAAGAGCAAAUCUAAUGAGGGCCGAACAGGGAGAAACAGGGAUGCAGCCGAGGCUGUGGAGAUGGAAACUUUUCCCACUGAUACAUUACACAAUUAACACACAACACAUGCUCAGGAGCAACCUGUAUAUCUGCCAACUAACAGAUAAAUUGUGUAUCUUGUUGUAUGUUGAAUGCAUUUAUAUGUUUUUUUUUUUUUUGUUACUUUGCCUUACCUGUAUUUUGUAGUCUUGCAUAUACUACAAUUCAAUGGUUUGGUGUCAGUAAGAUUUAAAAAAAAAAAAAAAAGUAAUACUACUAUUUAGCAAGGAAGCAUGAAUUUGAUCAAGUGUCAGUAAAGACAUUUUUAUAAUGAUAAAGAUUUCUAUUUUAAAUAGACACUUUUUUAUUAUAAUACAGGAUAUUGAAUGUUAAUGCAAGGCAUGAACAGAUCAUUUUUUAUAAAAUUUUAUAAGACAAUUUAAGUACUAAACCUCUGUCUGGAGAUGUAGUACUGUUUUCUUUUCUUUCUUUUUACAUAUUUUGUGUGUAAAAUACCAUAUUUUGUGUGUACUACUGUAAAGGCUAAAAUAAAUUUAAAUAUCAACUCCAUAAAUUCAUCAACAUGAUCCAAAAUAUGGCAAAAUAUUAACAGACCAAAGACAUGUAAGAAUAUUAAAACACUUGGAAAAUGGUUUAAUGAUGUUUACAACAAAAGAGAACUGUACAGUUACAGUAAAAGAUUAUCUUUAUAUAUAUAUAUAAAAAACAAACAAAAUACAGCAGACAAAUGCAUCAAAUCUACCAUGUAUCCUGAUUCACAUACUUAUAUUCUACACAAUCAUUCAGUUCUAAGCUACAGCGAUGUAGCCAUUUAGCGUUCAGUCUUGGGUAUAUGUCGCUUGAUAACAGGCCAAGAGUGGCACUAGAGUUCAGGUCUGUAGUGAUACUCAGAUUCCAACCAAUCAUCACUAUUACAACAGUGAGUUACAGCGUUCUGAAGGGAGAUAUAGAAGUACAAUCUACAGUAUGUGACAGGGUGAAAAUGGAACACAUUCCUUGAGCUUCAGCCACAGGAAACAUGGAAAUGAGAGUAUAGAGAGGGAUUUCUUUUGAAAUCAGUGACUAAAUUAUUAUGUACAUAGUCUUUUUUAUCUUAACCUUUUUUUCUCUUUUGUUUUAAAAACAAUGAUAAGUUGGGCAGUGAAACUGAUAUCACAUACAUUGACACAUCCAAAAACAUACAAAAAUACUAUUUCUUUAACCUACAGUAAGACAGUUUUGCAGUUAAAUUCCAUGCUGUGACAGAAAAAGAGCAACAGAUCCAACGAACAAGAAAAUGAAAAACGACAAACUUUUUUUCCCCCCAUAUGCAUCUCAGAAAAAUACCAAAAUAUACAUCUAAGCUUUGGAAUUACUGAGGUUAGGACUACUGUCAGAGCUGGGUUCUGUUUCUUAAUACACAAGCUGAAGGGUUUGGGAAGGAAGAGGAAAAAGAACAGAGUAAUCUUUGGUAUCUGCACUUGUAAAACAUUUCAUAUUUGGAUAUUUUUGCUUUGGGAUAGAGCUUAUAGUUGCUUUCGACCCUCCACUCGGCAUAAAACUAUUAAGAUCCAUCUGAAAAGGGCCGUGUCGCAUAGACGCCGCCCUUGCAGGAUGGAGGACAACGAUGCAUAGUUGCACAGCUGAUCAAACCAAUUGAAAUCAUGAUAGUGGAAACAGCAAAGCUAGAUAAAAGACAUCGACAGAACAGCGAAACCACGGGAUGACAGCACCUAAAAGACGACUAUGGAGAGACGUUGCAUGUUUUCAGUAGACAAUCAUAGAAACAGUGUUGCCUUGCUGCAGCCACAGAGUGGAACUCCAGAGGACAGUUUAUCCUGAGCAGGUUGCAGGGAGCCCAGGACAUCCUUCAGCAUGUAUUAAUAAACAUCACCCAGCCCACGAGGGGUUACUUUAAGUCCUUUCCAGAAGCCGGCAGAGCUGUUUUGCUUCCUCUUUCUACUAAACCCUGCCCACCUGGCCACGAGUGACCAAUGAUCUAAAACCGCAAGCUGAUGGUUGAGGCAGGGCACUAGAAGAGAGAGUUUAGUCCAUACAAUCACAUUGAAAGUCUUUGGUUACCACUGAGAAGGUGAGGAACAAGCAGACCGCAAACCCAGAAGAGCAAACAGCGCAAACUCUGCAACAAAUAAGGAUUAGGGGUUUGUAAAGAAGACGAUUGUCAAAUCAUAAAAAAAGCUUUGGUAUAAAAUUAAUAAGGGGCUAUAGUGUGAACUUAAAUUUGUGUUAAAAGCAAAACAUAAAUAAGUGGGAUGGGUUUCUAAUAUGCAUGAGCUUGGGCGGCCUUCUGGGUAUCCAUCCGGUUCCUCGCUCAAAACUUUAAACAGACAUCUGCAGGCUUCCGUUCUGGGACCGAUCUUUUUUUAUUACUGUUAUUUCAUCUUUUGAAAUAGAUUAAAGCAAGUUUUUACUCAGUUUCGAGUUAUAAAUGAGGUAUACAACAGCUCCUUUACUCAGACCAGCUCUCGCUCGGCUCUCUGGUGCAUGACCUCUUCUGCAACUAUCCUAUUUUGUCACUAGACUGAGGGUCUACAGCGGCAAACCCCGCUACAAUCGUGAAACUAUCCAAUCACAAGUCAGAGCAUCCACACACGCCAAAAUCAAGUGCCAAAAAGGAUCCGCAACAACUUCAAAUGUACAGAGCUGUUGCCAGGUUCAACAUCCUUGGAUAAAUCACAUCCCAAACAUCUCAUGAGCACACAGGUUAAAAAGGAUAUCAUUUACAGCCAAGUGGUCAAUUGCAUCAAAUGAUGUAUGACGCGUCCUUAUAUCCACUUAAAAAAAUCAGUUUCCUGUAUUUCCUACCAAUGAGUCUCACCAAAAAGUCUCACUUUUAAGAUAUGAUGUCAGACAGAACCUCUCUAAAGUAUUAUCUUUCAAAGUAAAUGCACCACUAGCGCCCCCUACAUAUCAGCUGGAGUUGAGUUAUUAGUAAAGCUUUUAACAGGUAUCCAACCGGCUUGAAUUUUACCUACAAAAAAUAGGUAGCAACACUUCCAAAAUAUCACAAAACACAAAUAAAACUCACAGCGUUAUUUUCAUGGUUGAUAUGCACCAUGUGAGUUUUUACAUGCGCACACACACACACACACACACACAAAUUCACAACCAAACAAAAUCAUCUCUCACAUCAACAUAUUACAGUUUGCUACAACGUGUCAAACUCAAAAAUAAUAGUAAGGCAUAAAUGAUAAAUGCAAGUUUUUGUCAAACUAAGAAAGCCAGUGACGUUGCUCCCUCAUGAUAUACAAAAAAAAGGCAUAAAGUAAUUAAACUCAAAUGAUUGUUAAAGAUUGUUAAAAAGCAACAUGGCAAAUGAAAUUCAGAAAAAGUAAAGCAAAAAAAAAAAAAACUAAUUUGGUGCUAUCAAGCCUGUUA